GCUGCCGAGGGGGGCUCGGGGCUGCUGCGGGCUCCGUGCGGGACCUCCUGCGUCCUGCCUCCCCCAGCUGCUCGCCUGGGGGCUUCUGGGCAGCGCACCCAUCGGAACUCCUCGCAUCCCGCUGUAAAAGUGCCUCUGGCUCCGUAACGCCCCCCGAAGGUGCUGAAGCUGUGAUGUACCCAUGAGUGACUGCUGCCAGCCUCAUGCACCUAUGGCCUCUGCGCCAGUCAUUCCGGACUCUUACAACCAUGUCCUGGCAGAGUUUGAGUGUUUGGAUCCAUUGCUUUCUGCACUCAGGCUGGAUUCUAGUCGUCUGAAGUGUACAUGUAUAGCUGUGUCGAGGAGAUGGAUAGCUCUGGGCAGCUCAGGAGGAGGACUGAAUCUUAUACAGAGAGAUGGCUGGAAGCAAAGGCUCUUUCUUACUCAUAAGGAAGGUGCCAUUUCCCGAGUUGCCUGCUGUUUGCAUGAUGAAGACUACGUUGCUGUUGCUACCAGCCAAGGUCUCGUAGUAGUCUGGGAGCUGAAUCAGGAACGUCGUGGGAAACCAGAACGUAUUUAUGUUUCCUCUGAGCAUAAGGGCAGAAAAGUCACAGCUCUAUGUUGGGAUACAGCAGCCCUCCGUGUUUUUGUAGGAGAUCAUGUGGGAAAAGUAUCAGCCAUCAAGAUUAACACAUCAAAACAAGGAAAGGCUGCUGCCACUUUUGUGAUGUUUCCCGUUCAGAUUAUAACCACUGUAGAUUCCCGUGUUGUUCAGCUCGAUUAUUUGGAUGGAAGACUGCUCAUAUCUUCACUUACACGUACUUAUUUGUGUGAUACAGAGAGAGAGAAGUUUUGGAAAAUUGGUAACAAAGAAAGAGAUGGAGAAUUUGGAGCAUGUUUCUUCCCUGCUGGAAAAAACAGUGGUAAUCAGCAACCACUAAUAUAUUGUGCACGGCCUGGCUCAAGGAUGUGGGAGGUGAACUUUGAUGGGGAAGUGCAAAGCACGCAUCAGUUCAAGCAGCUGCUCUCAUCACCGCCUCUCCCUGUUGUUACUCUCAGGAUGGAUCCUCACUGCACAACUUCCAGCUGCUCUCCACAAUCUUUAUCUUUCCCCAAGCUACUGUAUUUGACUGAGCAUUAUGUUGUGACCUGGACGGAAAGAGGCAUUUAUAUCUUCGUUCCCCAGAGUGUUCAAGUCUUACUCUGGAGUGAAGUAAAAGAUAUUCAGGAUAUUGCAGUUUACAAGAGUGAACUGUUCUGUCUGCAUACAAAUGGAAAAGUUGUACACCUCUCCCUUCUGCUGGUAGACCGCUGUGUAGAUCGUCUGAUAAGAAGAGGGUUCUGGACUCUUGCUGCCAGGGUCUCUUGUCUCUUCCAAAAUUCAAUAGUUUCUUGCAGAGCAAGAAAAAAUUUGCCACUAGACAAGCUGGAACACUUGAAGUCUCAGCUGGAUGCCUCAACCCAGCAGGACCUCAUUUCACGUCUGGAGGAACUGAUCUUGAAAGUGGAACCUCUAGAUUCUGCAUGCAGCAGUAGGAGGAGUAGCAUUUCAUCUCAUGAAAGCUUCAGUGUCUUGGACUCGGGUAUAUAUCGUGUUAUUAGUCGACGAGGCAGUCAGUCCGAUGAAGACUCAUGUUCUCUCCACAGUCAAACAUUCUCAGAAGAUGAGAGACUUAAAGAAUUUCCUGCACACCAGGAAGAUGAACAGGUGGAACUUGACAAUGUAUCUCAUGCAUCUGUGGCGGUUGAGGCUGACCGGAGUGAGACUUUUCUCCCAUUCAGUAUUCCUUUGUCAUUUCGUUCCCCAUCUCCUCUCGUCUCUCUCCAAGCUGUGAAAGAAAGUGUUUCCAGCUUUGUACGUAAAACUACCGAAAAGAUUGGCACGCUUCAUGUGAGCCCUGAUAUUAGAGGGAGGCAAGAAGCAAAGGAUGACGAGCACCAGCAGGAGGUGGCUGUCAGUCUGGUAGCAUCUCCCCAGGAAGAGAGAGUAUCAGAACCACAGAGUUGCCAGCUUCCAGAAGAGGAUCAUCUAAGAGAUCUCAAGGCUGCAACAGCAGAAGCAAUAGCCAAACUCCAGGAUCCCCUGGUUUUGUUAGAACCACAGUGCAUGAGAAGGGUUUUACGAGAAUGGCUUGUCUAUCUGGAAGAAAAAUUUGGCAGCAGAGAGUGUUUUGAUUCCUCUGUUAGGAAGAGCAAGACUGGAUGUGCUGAAGAACAGAGGGAAAUCCUGGAGGAAAACCUGCAAGUAGAUCCAACUGGUGGAGACCUAGUAGAAAAAGAACCGAAUAGUAUCUUGGAAGACUGCACUGAAAGUAGCGAUGAAACUUGUGAAAGCCAAACCGUAUGUGAAAAUAGUACUAAUUUCAAGGGACCUUUGGGUGACUGCUUUCAAAUUUCUGCUCCAUGUGACAUAGAACCAGAUGUUCAGAAAGAUCUUGUGGAGCUGACAACUCUGUGUUUUGAGCUAAGUGUGUUUUCUUGUGGAAAUGGUGAUGCAGAGGAAAGCUCUGAUCAAGGUCUGCCAUUAGCAACUUUGUCAACCUUGGCUUGUAGGUUUAUACAAAGCUACUUCUUUCUUCUGGAUUUGAAAAGACUAAAGCAGUGCAUUAUAACCACGUAUGCAAACAGCCCUAAUGUAUGGAAUACAUAUAUUGCAGGAUUGAAAGAACUAACUUGUCACAGUCCUGUUGCUUUGGCAAUGGAAAAUGAAGAUAUGUUGAAAAUACUGAAACUGUUGCAUGACCUGGGGCCCUGGGAUGAUGGCCCUCUGUUACUGGUACAUGCUCAAAGGCUUUAUGAAAAAUUUGGGGAAACAGCUCUUCGGCCCUUAAUCAAGUUCCACCCCUCUAUUUCACCUUCUGAUAUCAAGCAGCUUUGUUGGAAUGAUCCAGCUCACUUUUUAGCAUAUUUAGAUAGCCUGCUGAAGUCACAGCCAGAGGAUAAAAGGCCAUCUCUUCUUAGAUCUCUUCUGCAACCGGAAUCAAUACGACUGGAUUGGUUGUGCUUGGCGGUUUCUCUUGAUGCACCACAAAGAGCAAAUACUGUGGAUGUGGAAGGAAAUCCCAGGCCACGAUCGCAUUUGUUUACAUGGGGCUACAGCCAGCUCAUUCUGCUUUUGAUUAAACUCCCAGCUGAUUUUGUUACAAAAGAGAAAAUGGCAGACAUCUGUAAAUCACAUGGGUUUUGGCCUGGUUACCUUUUCCUCUGUUUGGAGCUGGAUAGAAGAAUAGAAGCCUUUACUAAUAUUGCUCAUUUGGAUGAUUUGAGCCUAUUGAAUGAAGAAGAUGGUUCAAUUCCAGAGACUAUAGAAGAAUGGAAGUUUCUUCUGCAUCUCGCACAAAAUCACAGCGCUGUUUUCCACCACCAUGGCCCACAGAAUGGAAAUGCUGCCAGCGACGGUAGCCCCAGCUGGCCAAACUGCAUUACUGUAGAAAACAUAGCUCUCUUACUAGCAAAGGCCAUUGGCCCAAAUCGUGCCUUGCCUCUAUUGCAAGAGUGUGGCAUGAUGCUAGAAUUGUCUGAGAGAUUUACUGGAGUGUGUGAGAUACUGAGAAUUGCUGAGAAAAGGCAAAGAGCCCUGAUUCAGUCUAUGUUGGACAAGUGUGACCGGUUUUUGUGGUCUCAGCAAGCAUAGAAAAAAAGUGGGAAAACUCUGGGAUCUGUAAUGUGUAUAUUAAAGUGCCUCUUAAAUUUUCAGGCUCUUAAAGAAAUGAGCUUCUCCCUAAAAAUUCGGUUGUACUGAGCCAACAUCCGUCUGACAGGUAUCUGACUGGGAGCUGUUCACAGUGCUUUCUUAUUCAUUAGAGAUGAGUUUUACACUCCAGAACUUCAGUCAAAAGAAUCCAGUAUUUAUCUCAAAAUUAAGCUCACAGAUUUCCAAGAUGAAAAUGCCUUAAUUUAUUUUCUGAGUCUGCAUGACUUAAGCGUUAAGGGUAUGAGCCCCUAAGGAUCAAAUCAUGGUGUAUAGAUUUUUUUCUCAUUGUUUGCAAACACGAGAAGCCAUUCCUGGGAAAGAUUUAAGCAUGUAAUUUUUCAUUUUCCUGUAAAUAAUAUUUACUUUUUAAAGUAACUGUAGAAGUACUUGGUGUAAUAUAUAUUUUUUCCUCUUAAAUUAUAUACGCUGUUCUUACCCAUUCGCAAUUAAUUAUUUGAGACAAGUCUUAAAAUACUGAGAAAAUAUUUCUCAGGAGUGGGUUAAUGGAAACCUGAUGAAAAGAACUUACUAAAUAAACUCACUGUUAAACUAUAAAAGUGACAUUUCUAAAUUGCCUAUAUCUGCUUUUGAAAUAUGAGUGUAGACUCUGGCUGUGAUAUUUGACAGACCUCAGGACAGAAAUAUUCCACAGUGGUUUUUGACCUUUUAGAAAGCAAGAGGACCACAUAUCUUAUUCUAAUAUUUUCUUAAAAGCUGAAUGUGUAGAGUUAUUUCAGAUCAAUGCCAUCAAGCAAGAAAUCUUUAAAUAUCUGUUAUAAUAUGAAGACUCGUAAAAUCACUUGGGUUUAAUUUCUUGUUUACAGAACUAUGUUUUAUAUGAGUACUGUUUCUGCACUUAAUGCCUGUUUGAACAAUUUCCUUUUUAGGCUACUAGUUUUGACCCUUUUCACUGUUAGAUUCUCACAAUUUCCUCACAUUGUCUUAUCAAUAAUCAAUUUUUCCAAGUGUCAUUUAAACAACAACAAUAAAAAAAGCUAUUGCAUGCAUUAGAACAAAACUUUAUUCUUCUCAAAAUCUGUAAUUUGGACAACAAAUGCCUUGAAAGCAUUUCUUUAUACAGAUAUGAAAAAGAAUCUUAGGCAGAUUUGCAGGACUUACACUAUUCCCAAAUAGUGCUUUUAUUUUCAUCAGAAUAGGGCUAUAGUAAUACAGCUUUCCGACUUGGAUGGAUGCAGUCUGACUCUUUCAUCUCAAUUGCAGGAAAGACUUUAUUGUGGAGAGUUGGUUACUACACUAGAGGAAAUGAAGCUACAGAUAGAGAAUUAGUAGCAGGUUUCCAUCUCUUAAUACUGUUGCUUGUGGAAAAGCCAAUAAGUAAGUACUUCUAAAAAAGAAAACUUUGAACACUUUAGAUUUUAUAUUUUGACAUGGAAACAGCACAGAUCCUUCUGUGAGAAGCACGCCAUGCCCUUAUGUUACAUUACAGUAAGACUGUUGGAGUAGGACCCAGGCACUUACAGUAUGUGGUGAGGUUAAACAGGUCGGAUGAUGUCAGUGUCUGUUUAUCUGCCAAAUGAACACACUGCUACCUCAGUGACUGUUAGGCCUAACUGUUUCAUGCAGUACAUCAAAGCUUUAGCUGAGAUACUAGUGUUGCCUUUCUUAGAGGAAGUUAGCUGGCUUUGUAAGACUGUAGCUGACUUAUCUCUAGAUCUAACUGUUCUACUUUAUUUGUUCCGUGUACGUUGUAUACAUAGCAGCCUUUUUCACUUCGGGGAAUAUUUUGUACGCUCAAUUGACUUCUGUUGAGUGGUGUGUUUGCUUUUUUUUUUUUUGCAAUAAAUCAUAACUUUCCACUCCAAA